AGAGAGAGUGCGGUAAAUCCGUUUAUUCUUCCUUGUUCUGUGCCUCACUCAUUUCAGCCUUUUGAAUAAACUCAUUCUAAUGACAUAUGCUACUUUGCAAUGAAAAGUUUGCCGUUGGGCUGGAUUCCGAACGUGACAGCCCAUCUUUUUAUUUUGGAAGUUGCUCUUUUUUGCGCGCAAUGUCAUCGCGCGUCCUGUCGGCUCACCUCUACCUGGAGCUCCGGAUGCACGAAUAGCAAAAAGAACAACUCGUGUGGCUCAGACGACGACCGCGUGAGUGUGUAACUGUGGAUACCCCUAUUUCUUUUCAUGAAAAGCCCACAGCUUUUAUUUUGGAGAGUCUAUUGAGGACUCCCAGCACAGCUUUCGCGCCUUCAGAGCGCACCUGUCGGACUCCACCAUGUUUUCCUGUGGAAAAUAUUGCCUGUUUCUUGUUCUGCUCACCAAAAGUAACCUGGCCGACCAAGGAGUCUCCAAUCAAGUGAUUCUCUUGGACACCACAGCAGUGCUGGGGGAACUGGACUGGAAGACCUAUCCUGUUAAUGGGUGGGAUGCAAUCACAGAGAUGGAUGAACAGAACAGACCAAUCCACACCUUCCAAGUUUGCCACGUAAUGGAGCUGAAUCAAAACAACUGGCUUCGAUCUGGAUGGAUACAGCGACAAGCGGCGCAGAGGGUAUACGUUGAACUUCGCUUUACUCUGAGAGACUGCAACUCCAUUCCUUGGGUAUCAGGCACCUGUAAGGAAACCUUCAACCUUUUCUACCUACAGACAAAUGAACCGCUUUCUUCAGCGACACGUUUUCGACCAACGGACUAUGCCAAGGUUGAUACCAUUGCAGCAGAUGAGAGUUUUACUCAGACAGAUCUUGGCGAUCGUGUUCUGCGCCUGAACACUGAAGUCAGAGAGGUUGGGCCAUUGAGCCAGAGGGGUUUCUACUUAGCCUUCCAGGACGUUGGAGCUUGCAUUGCUCUUGUCUCUGUUAAGGUAUUCUUCAAGCGCUGCCCAUCAACUCUGCGGAAUCUGGCAGUAUUUCCGGAUACUGUUCCACAUAUGGACUCUUCCUCUCUGGUGGAGGUCAAGGGUGCCUGUGUUGAAAAUGCGGAAGAGAAAGACACGCCAAAAUUCUACUGUGGUGCUGACGGAGACUGGCUGGUGCCACUGGGACACUGCGUAUGUAGCGUUGGCCACGAAGAAAUGGAUGGCUACUGCCAGACUUGUAAACCUGGUUUCUUCAAGCCGUUUGCUGGCAACAUGAAAUGUGUCCAGUGUCCACUACAUAGCUCCAGCCAUGACCAGGCUGCCACCAUGUGUCAUUGUGAGAAAGGCUUCUAUAGGGCUAACAAAGACCCCUCCACAAUGGCUUGUACAAGGCCUCCAUCAGCACCAAGGAACCUGGUGUCAUUAAUCAAUGACACAGCUCUUUUCCUGCAGUGGAUGCCUCCAAGUGACACAGGUGGCCGUAGUGACAUCACCUACAAUGUACUAUGCCAGCGAUGCGAUAGCGACAGUAGUGGGAUGCAGUGUGAGCCUUGUGAGCCAGACUUGAGAUUCAUUCCACGAUCAUUGGGGCUGACUGGGAUCUCUGUGGCCAUACUAGAUUUUGCAACACCCGCCAACUACACCUUCCUUGUGGAGGCUGUGAAUGGUGUAUCUAGGCUGGGUGUGGCUGCACGAGCGCUGAUAAACGUCACUGUCAAUACACACCAAGCUGGUCCCGCUCUGGUGGGUGUUAUUAAGAAGGACUGGUCCUCUGAUAAUAGUAUUGCCCUCUCAUGGACAGAAGAGGAACAUCCACCGUUAGACAUUGUGGACUAUGAAGUUAAAUACUAUGAGAAGGAACAGGAGCAACUGAGCUACUCAUCAACACGGACUAAGAAUCCUAGUGUUGUGGUAACAGGCCUCAUACCCUCGACUGUCUAUGUCUUCCAUGUGCGUGCUCGAACAACGGCUGGCUAUACAGCAUACAGCUCCAACUUUGAGUUCUCUACUGCCGCGGAAGAUCCCAAUGUCGCUGAUCAGGGUCAAGUGUUGGUUGUUGUCACCGCAUCAGUUGGUGGCUUCUCGCUGUUGGUCAUCCUCACCCUCUUCCUCCUCAUAACUGGACGGUGUCAAGGGUAUAUAAAAGCCAGAAUGAAGUCACAAGAAAAGAGGAGGACGCGUUUCCGUAGUGGACAUGUUCCAUUCUCUGGGAUAAAGACUUAUGUGGAUCCAGACACGUAUGAAGACCCCACUCAGGCUGUAGAGGAAUUUGCCAAAGAGAUUGACCCUUCAUCUAUAUGCAUCGACAGGGUAAUUGGCACAGGGGAAUUUGGAGAGGUUUGCAGCGGCCGUUUGCGCAUACCUGGAAGGCUGGACAUCUCUGUGGCAAUAAAAACCCUGAAAGGUGGCUACAUGGAGCAUCAGCGGCGAGACUUUUUGCGCGAAGCAUCAAUCAUGGGACAAUUUGACAGCCCCAACAUUAUCAGAUUAGAGGGGGUGGUCACUAAAAGCAGGCCUGUGAUGAUAGUAGUGGAGUACAUGGCAAAUGGAGCGCUCGAUUCUUUCUUACGGACACGCGAUGGACAGUUCACAGUGCUCCAGCUGGUCGGAAUGAUGCGUGGCAUCGCAGUGGGCAUGGCUUACCUCUCAGACAUGGGUUACGUUCACAGAGACCUAGCGGCGCGCAACAUUCUGGUGGAUGAAAACUUGGUGUGUAAAGUGUCAGACUUUGGCAUGUCUCGAGUGAUGGAAGAAGACACAGAAGCAGCAUACACUGCCACAGUCAAUCCUUACUUUUAUCGUCAGGGAGGAAAGCUACCAAUACGCUGGACAGCACCAGAGGCGAUUGCUUAUGGCAAGUUCUCCUCUGUCAGCGAUGUAUGGAGUUUUGGGAUUGUCAUGUGGGAAGUGAUGUCAUAUGGCGAGAGACCUUACUGGGAGAUGUCCAAUCAAGAUGUCAUUUUAUCAAUGGAGGAAGGAUAUCGAUUACCUGCUCCAAUGGGCUGCCCUGUCACACUGCACCAGUUGAUGUUGCACUGCUGGCAGAAGGAGCCGAGUCAGCGUCCACGAUUCAACAACAUCCUCUGCUUCCUGGACAAACUCAUCAUCAACCCCAGUGGUCUCCUCACUCUGGUGAACGAGUCACACAAGUACGUGUCAUCUCAAAACACAGUGGAUAAGAGGAACGGCUUGAAUAUCAUCAUACAAUCACAAUCCUUAAACCAUAGCGCUGCAGUUGCUGCACCAUCUACUGGAUCCGCUUGGUCACUGCACCAAAUGUCUCCGAUGCAAAUGGAGUGUAACGGUGAAAAGACGAAAGCAUUAUUAUCAGAUUUCCCUGAUUCACCUGAUGACUUGCCCGACUACCCUCUUUUCAUCUCUAUUGGGGACUGGCUUGAUUCCAUCAAAAUGAGCCAAUACAAGAACAAUUUCAUUGCAGCAGGAUAUACAACGCUGGAUUCCAUUUCAACAAUGAGUGCAGAUGACAUCAGACGAAUUGGGAUCUGUUUGAUUGGCCACCAGAGGAGAAUCAUUAGCAGCAUACAAUCUCUGCGCCUGCAGUUUCACCACAUCCAACAUAGUGGCUUUCAAGUGUGAGACCGUUACACAAAGCCAGACUGUGCACACAUUUUUUAACUGCACACCAGACUGCGGGUUUAGUUACACUGCUGAUGAGAGCAAUCCGGAGCUGCACAAUGUGGACUCUGGCAAACACACCUCAAAUGGUCAUCAUGUCACGGUACGUAUAUUGCCAGUGCGUCUGCUCAACAACAAACCUCAGUCAGUUCUGGCUAAAUGCGAUCUCAUUCACUCGGCAAAUAUCAUCAUUCAUUUCAAUUUAAGACUGACAGUAUUUCCUCCAGUGUUGAUAUAAGUGCCAGUCAAUGCCUCUGCUCUUUCCAAGUGACAAUCCAAUGAUUUUUGAUUGAUUUUGAUGGUCUCAAAUCGGGUACCUCAAAACCAGAGAUGAUAUGGAGAGAACAUUUGGUAAUGUAUGACACAGUAGGUUAUUUUAAUAACAAAUAUGUUGCUGGUUUAUUAAAUAUUUCACCGGGAAUAUGAAUUGACAAAAUGUUAAACACAAUUCUCUUUUUGAACUGAAGACGACUGAAUGUCAAAAUUUUUUUAUAGAAAUGUGUUCUAUCCUCAUGGUAUUACAGUGUAUCUUGUACUGAAAGUCACGUGAAAGGUGUAUGUUUCUUCCUUAAUAAAAAACUCUAUUUUAAUGCAUUGUUAUGUGUCUGAAUCCGAAUACUCAGGUUCACUAUGGCACACACACGCACACAAGUGUAUCCAUGGUUGCACAUACAAGCACAGUCUCAGACAAUAACCACUCAAGAGACUGACAGGUUUUCUGGACAUGAAGAAUUGUCAGGUGAGUUUGUCAAUUAGAUCAGUUUAUCGACGAGUAGCAUGAAAAAACCUUAGCAACUGUUUCUACAAUUUUGAUUUACUGUCUCACAUAGGUGUUUUUUUUGUUGUUGAAAUUUUAAAUUUUAACUAAAAAGUGUUCGAUGUUCGGCUAACAGGGAAAACUUUAGGAUCUACCUAAAAUACACUGCAACAAUUGUAGUUCAACUCAGUUAAACUGUUGAACGCCAGUCCCAACUGUUCAAUGUUACAGCACUUAAUGCACAACCUGCUGUCCCAAAUCAAAAAGCUGAAGAGGCAACACGCACAACAGAUGUCCAUAUUCAUGCCUUUCUGUGACUCUUCUGUUACCUUGUUAUUUACGUUCAAACAUGCUCAAGACCUGCUUGUGACACUCAGCCAUGUGACCAAUUCAAUUUGCGAAUAUCCUGUUGCAGAAUCUGCGCCGAGGUGGCUGUCGAUCAAUUGUUAGAGGUCGUCUUGGUCGCAUUCCAUCUACAUGUGAACAGCAAGAUAAAGUACUGUACUGUUAAAAUCCCUUUGUAACGGAGCAAGGGUAGUUAUUGGUCAAUUCAUAAACUUGUGAAAUGUGUUUAGUUCAGCAGCUUGAAAAAGAAAGUUUAUUUUUAAUUUAUUAAUAUUAUUAUUAUUA